CGCAGCGCCAGCGCUCUCCCCGGAUCGUGCGGGGCCUGGGCCUCUCCGCCGGCGCAGGCUCUGCUCGCGCCAGCUCGCUCCCGCAGCCAUGCCCACCACCAUCGAGCGGGAGUUCGAAGAGUUGGAUACUCAGCGUCGCUGGCAGCCGCUGUACUUGGAAAUUCGAAAUGAGUCCCAUGACUAUCCUCAUAGAGUGGCCAAGUUUCCAGAAAACAGAAAUCGAAACAGAUACAGAGAUGUAAGCCCAUAUGAUCACAGUCGUGUUAAACUGCAAAAUGCUGAGAAUGAUUAUAUUAAUGCCAGUUUAGUUGACAUAGAAGAGGCACAAAGGAGUUACAUCUUAACACAGGGUCCACUUCCUAACACAUGCUGCCAUUUCUGGCUUAUGGUUUGGCAGCAGAAGACCAAAGCAGUUGUCAUGCUGAACCGCAUUGUGGAGAAAGAAUCGGUUAAAUGUGCACAGUACUGGCCAACAGAUGACCAAGAGAUGCUGUUUAAAGAAACAGGAUUCAGUGUGAAGCUCUUGUCAGAAGAUGUGAAGUCGUAUUAUACAGUACAUCUACUACAAUUAGAAAAUAUCAGUAGUGGUGAAACCAGAACAAUAUCUCACUUUCAUUAUACUACCUGGCCAGAUUUUGGAGUCCCUGAAUCACCAGCUUCAUUUCUCAAUUUCUUGUUUAAAGUGAGAGAAUCUGGCUCCUUGAACCCUGAUCAUGGGCCUGCGGUGAUCCACUGUAGUGCAGGCAUUGGGAGCUCUGGCACCUUCCCUCUGGUAGACACUUGUCUUGUUUUGAUGGAAAAAGGAGAUGAUAUUAACAUUAAACAAGUGUUACCGAACAUGAGAAAAUACCGAAUGGGUCUUAUUCAGACCCCAGAUCAACUGAGAUUCUCAUACAUGGCUAUAAUAGAAGGAGCAAAAUGUAUAAAGGGAGAUUCUAGUAUACAGAAACGAUGGAAAGAACUUUCUAAGGAAGACUUAUCUCCUGCCUUUGAUCAUUCACCAAACAAAAUAAUGACUGAAAAAUACAAUGGGAACAGAAUAGGUCUAGAAGAAGAAAAACUGACAGGUGACCGAUGUACAGGACUUUCCUCUAAAAUGCAAGAUACAAUGGAGGAGAACAGUGAGAGUGCUCUACGGAAACGUAUUCGAGAGGACAGAAAGGCCACCACAGCUCAGAAGGUGCAGCAAAUGAAACAGAGGCUAAAUGAGAAUGAACGAAAAAGAAAAAGGCCAAGAUUGACAGACACCUAAUAUUCAUGACUUGAGAAUAUUCUGCAGCUAUAAAUUUUGAACCAUUGAUGUGCAAAGCAAGACCUGAAACCCACUCCGGAAACUAAAGUGAGGCUCGCUAACCCUCUAGAUUGCCUCACAGUUGUUUGUUUACAAAGUAAACUUUACAUCCAGGGGAUGAAGAGCACCCACCAGCAGAAGACUUUGCAGAACCUUUAAUUGGAUGUGUUAAGUGUUUUUAAUGACUGUAUGAAAUGUAGAAAGAUGUACAAGAAAUAAAUUAGGAGAGAUUACUUUGUAUUGUACUGCCAUUCCUACUGUAUUUUUAUACUUUUUGGCAGCAUUAAAUAUUUU